AUGACCCUCCUCUCCUUGACCCUCCUCGGGCUCCCUCUGGCCCUCGCCCAACAAAUCGGCACUCUUGUCCCUGAAGUCCCCCCCGCUCUCACCUGGUCCAACUGCACCGCCGAAUCGUGCACGCCCGUCACCGACGCGCUGACCCUCGACGCCAACUGGCGCUGGACACACGAGACAACCUCGGCGCACACGUGCUUCCUCGACGGCGACUGGACAGACGUCUGCUGGAACCUCAAUAGCGGAACGGCGUGCGCCGAGCGCUGCGCUGUCGAAGGCGCCGACUACGCGUCGACGCACGGCAUCACGACCGCCGGCGGUAGCGCGUCUCUGCGGUACGUCACGCACUCUGCCUUUGGGCGCAACGUGGAGAAUCGCGUCUUCCUGCUGGCGCCGGAUGGGCGGUAUCGCAUGUUCGAGCUGCUCGGGCGCGAGGUGCGCGUCGACGUCGAGGUCGGCACGCUGGGCUGCGGGCUCAAGGGGGCGCUGUACUUUGUCAAGAUGGAGGCGGACGGCGGGCGCGGGCGCGGCAAGAACGCCGCUGGUGCGCGGUACGGCACCGGAUACUGCGACGCCGAGUGCAGCCAGAGCAUCAAGUUUGUUGAUGGCCGGGCUAACCUAGAGGGGUGGGCGCCGGGGUACACGGAGCUCGAGCUCGGACGCGGCGCCGUUGGGGCCUGCUGUGCCGAGAUGGGUGUUUGGCAGAGCAAUUCGGCGUCGUAUGUCGUCUCGGCGCAUCCUUGCAUUAACCCCGACUUUCACACGUGCCAGGAUAGCCGGUGCCCACGCGGGUUCUCGGACGACAUUUUCCCCCAUGGCUGCGAUACCGACGGCUGCGGCGCGAGCCCAUACCGGCUGGGCAAUACACAGUUUUAUGGGCAGGGCAAGACGCUCGACAGCGGGGCCAAGUUUACUGUCAUUACGCGGUUCCACGAGGACCACGUCUCGCAAUCCUUCAUCCAGGCCGGCGAGCCCAUCGAAACGCCGCCCAGCCAGGCGUCCGGCGUGCAGGGCAACGCCAUCUCGGACGACUUUUGCGACAGCCAGGCGUCGGCGUUUGGGGAGCGUAACCGAUACGCCGAGGUUGGCGGGUGGUCGUCGACGAAACGGGCGCUCGCGGGCCAGUGGGUUAUGGUCAUGUCCAUCACGCACGAUGCCUACGCCAACAUGCUCUGGCUCGACUCGCUGUACCCGGUCGACGCCGCCGGUCGGCCCGGUGCGCUGAGGGGGCCGUGUCCGGCGAACAGGGGAUAUCCGGCGCAGACGUUGGUGGAGAACCCGCAGGUCCCUGUUGGAGUACGGUUCGUGGUGGUGGAGAGGCAGAGUGUCUCUCGUUCUAUGCUGGUGCUUCAAGCAUGCUGUCGCUACCUUUAUCUUGGUCAUCCAGUGGUUGACCUGUCGCUUGGUGAUCUAUGA